CACGUGGUGGAGAACGCGCCUGACGCCAGACUGGACGAUCGCCAUCUUAGAUCAUCACGCCCGCGAGUUUGGUCAGGCCGGAUCCCUCAACAUCGAUGCACUAGCUCUACCACGAAGGAAUCUACAGUGGUGCCGGCAAAUAUCAGGAGGCGUUCUAACGAGACCGCGCAGUCGUCAGCACCGAAACGCCGCCGAUCGAACAAGGACCCGGUUUCGCCCGGGGUACGCCUGACCAUGGCAGUGCGCUUGCGCCUACUGAGCGAUGGUGACUCCGAGACCAUUAGCGUCGUCCUCGUGGUCAUCACGCCCGCGCCCGUGGUGAGGCCGACUCCCGCAACGUCGAGGCACCCUACCACGGAGGAAUCUACAAUGGUGCCAACUUUCUCAAUGCUGGGCUCCGAGGAAUGCCCCUGCGUGGUCUCCCUCAUGGCCAGCGAGUUGUGCCAGCGCGUGGACAAGCUGCGGUCAGAGGGCCGCACAUGCGACAUAGCAGUCUCCUAUCUAGAAGUCUACAACAAGGUUGUUCGAGACCUGCUGUGCUUCGAUCCGGCCAAGGGCAUUGCCAUAUUGUACCUCACCAUACACAAGGUGAUGAAGGCCGGCACCCUCCUCGAGCCGCUCUUGAAAGGAAACAACCGGACGCAGCAUGCCACCGACGCUAAUGCUGAGUCUUCAUGGUCGCACGUCAUCUUCGAGAGCUACGUCACACUGACGGAGAAUGCGGCAACCACGAGCAAGGAAACUCGCGUCUCGAUGUGCUUUGUUGACCUUGCCGGCUCGGAGCGCGAAGCUGCGGCCAGUAGGGACACAAAGGAUCAGAUGCGCGAGGUCACCAAGUUCAAUCUGUCGCUCCUGGCCCUCGGCAACGGCAUCGACGUCCGCUCGAAGAACGGGACGCAGCAAGUGCCGUACCAGGACUCCAAGCUCACCCACGUCCUCAAGGACUCCCUGGGUGGCUCGGGCAGCGCCCUCAUGAUUGGGACAGCGACGGCGGUGAAGCUCAGCUACGCGGAAACAUGCAGUACCUUGGACGCGCCCAUCGAGAAGUAUAUGCACAAGGUGGAAGGCCUUCAGCGUAAGCUCGAUAAUGUGGAGUUGUGGAAGGCUGUAGUUGAGGCUGAGGUGCAAGAGCUGAAAGACGGUCAGGUAGCCAAGACGCCCUGCUGCAAGCUCAGUCGACCAGCGGCGGCGGCAGUGGCCUAG